UCCUGUCGCCUCCCUUAUUUUCACCCCUUCUGCGUCAGUUAAGGCGUGUUCACGGAUCCUGGUUCUUACUCACAUUUUUGGAAGUCACGCAAAGGCUCGGACACAGGACAAGUUUGUAAACCUCUCCAGCCACACGAAGAUGUUCUUUCUCAAAAAAGUUGUCGGUGGCAUCGUUGACGUUGUCAGCAACAUUGACCCCGAGCAGUUUGCGCCCUCAAAUCCUCCUCCUCCACGCCGGCCAGCCGUUUACGCAGAGCAGCAUGAAAACGACGAGGAGAAGCAGUUCCGCAGAGUCUUCCAGCAGCUCGCUGGAGAUGACAUGGAGGUGAGUCCUACUGAGCUGAUGAACAUCCUGAACCGGAUCAUCUCAAAGCAUGGAGACCUGAAGACGGAUGGCUUCAGCAUCGAAUCCUGCAGGAGCAUGGUGGCUGUCAUGGACUCGGACAGCACUGGGAAACUUGGCUUCCAUGAAUUCAAACAUCUGUGGAACAACAUAAAGAAAUGGCAGGGCGUGUACAAGCAGUUUGACGCUGACGGCUCAGGUCUCAUCGGGGCAGACGAGCUGCCGAACGCGUUCAAAGCUGCAGGCUUCCCCCUCAACGACCAGCUGUUCAAUAUGAUCAUCCGCAGGUAUAGCGACGAAAGCGGCAACAUGGACUUUGACAACUACAUCGGCUGCCUCGUGAGGCUGGAUGCAAUGUGUCGGGCCUUCCAAACCCUGGACAAAGACAGAAACGGCACUAUCAAAGUGAAUGUUCAAGAGUGGCUUCAGUUGACCAUGUACUCCUGAGUCCUGGAGAUGUCGCCCUCUUCCUCACCGGCUGGUUUUCUGAAAUGACUCCACUCUUUAUCUAAGCACUUCAAAAAUAUUUUAUCUAGACGUCCCCACAGCUUCCUGUGUUCCUCAUUAGUUAGGAGCGCAUGCAUGCAGUUUUUUUCUCCGAGUAAUGCAUGUAGGUCAAACCUGCAAGCAGAAUGGUCUCCAUACCUGCAGUGUAUUGUUCCAAGAUGGUCAGAUGUGUGGUGGAGGGUUGGUGGUCAUGCUAUGAAAAAUUGACAUUUUGCGAGAUAACUCUGCACUUUUUUUUUUUUUUUUUUUUGCAAUCAAAUUUCCUUUUCCAUAUCCA